UUCUUGGAUUCUCUUCAAAUGCAAACCUAAAAACAUUAGGGUGCAAUUGGUAAACAGGCAACAACUAAUUACCAAAUAUUUGAAAAGUGCUAACACUUCCUGUUAAUUUUGAUAAUAUCUAGGUGGCUGUAAUUUUGACAGAUGGUGUACAAUCAGAAGAGAAGGAAUCACCAGGAGGUAAAGAUCCUAAAUUGGUUGCACAACCUCUAAAAGAUGCUGGAGUAAAAAUAUACACAAUAGCUAUUGGCGGUUUUAAUUUGGGAAAUUUAGUUGGCAUUGCUUCCGAUCCGAGUAAAGUGCUACGAGGAGGUGAUUUUGGAAAUUUGUUGAAAGAAGUCAACCAUGUUACAGAUGCCGUUUGCAAAGAUGAAAAGGAGUUAACGACAACUAUUUCUCCGACUACAAUAGCAACAACAACAACACCAACGACGACUGAAGUUUGUGCAGUUUCUGUGGAUCUGGGAAUAUUGAUCGAUGUUUCGGAGGCAAUUCAAGAGAAACACUUUAAUAAAAUGAAAGAAUUUGUAUGGCACGUAAUAAAUGAAUUUGACAUCAAUGAAGAUGCUACACAUGUUGGUGUGAUAACAUAUUCAACAUAUCCUCGCCUGGAAUUUGAUUUUAAAAGAUUAAAGGGAAGUUACACUAAAGAGAAUGUAAGAAAAUUGAUUAACAGGAUAAAACGUUCAAGGGGGGAGAUUCAUAUCGACAGGGCCAUAGAGCUCGCUAAAACAAGACUGUUUAGUGAGAAAGGUGGAGCGCGACGAAAUAAACCGCAGGUAGCCAUAAUUUUGGUAGAUGGUGACAAAAAAAUUAAAGAAAAACUCGACGAUAUCGUCCAAAAUUUUAAAAACAAUGGCGUAAAAUCAUUUAUGAUAAAGAUUGACUAUCAUAUUCUAGACUCGUGGGCCUCUGCCAUAUCAAAACAUUUAUGUAAUAAAGCAAACUUGUCGCACAAAGAGCGUUGAAAGGAGUAGAAAGGAUGGAAGAAAAUAAUAAAUUUACGGAGAACCGAUGUAAGUCUGUUAUCAGUACUGGCAGGUUUUAUAAAAUUAGAACCACUUUAUGAAAACAAGUUGCUACUAUAAAAAACUAGCUGUAAUUUUUAAUUUAAUUUACAUUUUUUU